UACUCUCUCUCGUCCCCCCCAUCAAUUUUCUUUGCAGGAGCGAUCCGGAGAUUCAAUUUUGCAAUCAUGUUGGUUUAUCAGGACCUCGUUUCUGGUGACGAGCUUCUCUCGGAUUCGUUUCCAUACAAGGAAAUUGAGAAUGGAAUGAUUUGGGAAGUUGAAGGAAAGUGGGUCGUUAAAGGAGCAGUUGAUGUGGAUAUUGGUGCUAAUCCUUCAGCUGAAGGUGGCGGUGAAGAUGAAGGUGUUGAUGAUCAGGCUGUGAAGGUGGUCGACAUUGUUGACACCUUCCGUCUUCAGGAGCAACCUUCCAUGGACAAAAAGGUUUUCCUCUCAUGCAUCAAGAAGUAUAUCAAAAAAUUGACACCUUUGCUGCAAGGAGAGCAACAAGAGGCAUUUAAGAAUAAAAUUGAGGGAGCAGUUAAGUACCUGCUUCCAAAGGUCAAGGACUUGCAAUUCUUCGUUGGGGAGAGUAUGGCCGAUGAUAGCGCAAUGGUAUUUGCAUACUACAAGGAAGGAGCUACUGACCCAACAUUCUUAUACAUUGCCCCUGGUUUGAAGGAAGUCAAGUGCUGAAAGAACAAAACUUUGGAGCAGAAUGCUUCAUGUAGCAUUAUUAGUUUCUACUAUAUUUGCCUUUUUCUCAUGACAUUUGAAUUUGGAUGGUUUGGGCUGUUUUUGUUUUGGUUUAUUUUGGGUUUCCUUGUUUUGACCUUGUUUACUGGGAGCUUAUGUUCUGGUGAGUGCAGAAGUUUAUUUUUAUGCCUAAUGAAUCUCUAUUUUUAUAAUGU